AUGAUUUUUAAAUGUAAUAAUAUUCUCUUGUUAAUCUUUAUAACUCUUAUUUUUUCAAGUAAUAGUUAUGAAUGUUCUGUUGGUUGUACUGAUGGUUGUUUUGCAAAUUAUACUUGUAAUGGAAAAUGUAAAGAAGGUUAUUAUCAAGAUGCAUCAUGUCAACAUUGUUUAUGGAUAGAUCCAUAUAGUAAUAGUAAUAAAGCAUAUAUCCCAACAAGUACAGGAUGUCAAUUAAGUUCUAAUAUAAUAACUAAAACUACAUGGAUACCAGACCCAACAACAAUACCAGAAUUAUUAUUAGAUAAAGAGAAUUAUUUUCAUAUAGGAUUAAGUUCAAUAGUAGAUAGUUCACCAUGUCAUCACUGUCAAGAAUAUUUAUUUGGUAAAUGGUUUAAAAUACCAAAAUCAUCAAUUCCAAAUUCUAGAGUUUUCUUUAUUCUUUCAAAAGAAAAUAAAAUUGAUAUUAAUUUAUCACUUGAUAUAUCUUCUUCUAAUUCAUUUGAUACAAUAACUUAUUGUUCUGGACAUAUUCUUAUUAACAAAACUACACCAUCUUCAACUCUUGAUUUUCAUGCUGUUGAUACUUUUACUGAUUCAGAUGAAAAAAUGUAUUAUAUUUUUAUUAAUAUUGAAGAAUAUGCUGAAGUUGAUGUUAAAUUAAUUGCUAAAACAACUUCUAUUACUCAUAAUACAUAUUAUUCAUUUACACAAGAAGAUGCAGAUUAUCUCUCAAGUGAUUUAACUAGAAUAAAAACUGUUCAUUUUCCUUUAAGCCAAGAAGGAAUGAUUAAUUAUGCUACUUGUUCUCCUAAUUUGAUAUUUAAAAUACUUUUGUUUACAAUGAAAUUUAAUGGAAAUUAUUCAAUUAGAAUUGAUUCUUCAAAUAAUAAUAGAGUAGUUUAUCUUCAAGAGUAUCAAAUUGGUUUAACUACAAAUGAUACUGUUUGUCGUCACAUUUGGUGUUCUCAUCAACAUGGAGUUUUAGGUGAUGAUGAUGGAGGAGAUUCAUUAUAUGUUAAAAUAAAAGGAAAUGAAGAACAAACAAGAUACUUUGCGUUAAUGACUCAAGAAAAUGAUGUUGAUAUUGAUUUACAUUUUAAAGCUAUUUGUAUUGAUUCAUGUAAUCGUGAAUCAAAAUUAGGAAUCUGUUCAACAAAAAAAGGAAAAUGUAGAUGUAUUGAAGGACAUGGAGGGGAUGAUUGUCAUUUAUUAUGUUUUUAUAAUUUUACAUGGCAAGUAAGUGAUUAUAGUCAAUUAUGUUAUUAUGGAUCAAAUCAUUGUGAUCAAUGGUGUAAAUGUGAAAAUGGAUAUAAAUUAGAAGAUAAUGUAUGUGUGAGUGAUACUUGUGCUAAUGGAGGAGUUUCUAAAGAUGAAGAGUGUCUAAGAGGAAGUGAAGGGUGUUUAGUUAAUUGUCAAUGUCAAAAAGAUUUAGGAUGGGUUGUUGAUAAAAAAGAACAUAGAUGUAUUUCAACACAAUGUGGAAAUAGAAAAAUAGAUAAAUUAUAUGAUAUCUAUGGAUAUCUUAGAACAGAAGAAUGUGAUAGUGGACUUAAUUGUGAUACGUUUUGUAAAUGUAUUGAUGGAUAUGAACCAGACCCAAACCAACCAGGUUCAUGUAGAGAGAAAAUAUUUCCAAGUUGGGGAAUUGCAUUAAUAAUAAUUCUUUCAAUAUUAGUUAUGAUUAUUUUAAUUAUUAUAUUAGGCAUAUUUAUAUAUUUUAUAAUGAAACAUAAAACAAUUGAUAUUAAUAUUUAUAAAACACAACAACCAGUAUAUCACUAUUAUAUCAAUGGCUCUAUUAAUACUCCUCCUUCUAAAGAAGCAAAAUAUGAAAUUGAUCCAAUUCAAUUAGAUUUUGGAAAUGAUAACGAAGCUACCAUUGUAAUGGAAACUCGAUUUGAAAGAGUAGAAAUAAAAAAUUAUUCAAGAAAUAAAUGGAUGAUGAUUAUUUUUCAUACACCAAAUAAUCCAAAAUAUGUAUUUUAUUUUGAACCUCAAGUAUUAUUUAUAAGACCUCACACUACUCCAAAAGUUGAAACGGUUUAUAUGACACUUCAUUGUACUACAAAAAUUAGAGAUAUGAAAAUCCCUUAUACUGUUUGGUUUAGUAAAUCAAAAUCAACAUUAGAAUCUAUUGCCUCUCUUUUAAAAAAUAAAACGUUUGAUAAUUGGACUCAAGAUGAUCAAUUACAAAUAGAUAAACUUUGUAAAAAUAUUAGAAGACAUUACCAUCACCACUUCAUUAUUACUACAGAUGCUGCUUCUUCUACUCAUAUUGAUAUGGACGAAUUAAAUAUAUCUGACAAUCCUAUUGCUGAAGGUGCUAUGGGAAGAGUAUUUAUUGGAAGUUAUAGAAGUGUUCCAGUUGCAGUAAAACAAUUUAGAUGGGAAAAUUUAACAGAAGAAGAAGUAGAAGAAUUAAAACAUGAAGUAAUAGCAGAAUGUGAAAUGAUGAGUAAAUUAAGAAAUCCUUUUAUUGCAAAUUAUAUGGGAUCAGUUACUUAUAUUCCUCAAAUUUCAAUGGUUAUUCAAUUCUUUGUUUUAGGUUCAUUAGGUGAGUAUUUAAGAAAAGAAAAAGAAGAUUAUGUAAAAUUACCUUAUCGUUUAAAAAUUAGAAUGUUAUUUGAUACUGCUAGAGGAAUGCAAUUUUUACAUGAAAACAGAAUUAUGCACUUAGACCUUAAACCAGACAAUUUAUUAGUUAAUUCUUUAUAUACUGAUUCUGCUUGUUGUGUAAAAAUUACUGAUUUUGGUACUUCAAGAAUGGUAAAAAAAACUAAUAAAAGUGAAGAUAAAGGACUUGGUACACCAAUUUAUGCUGCUCCAGAAACAUAUCAUGAUGAAUAUUCAUAUGCAGGAGAUGUGUAUUCAUAUGCUAUAACAGCUUGGGAAAUUUUUUAUCAAGACGAACCUUAUAAAGAAUUUAAAUCUUUAUUUGAUAUUAAACAAUACGUCACUGAUGGAAAACGUCUUGUUAUUGAUGAUACUAUGCCAAUUGGUUUAAAAGAACUAAUUCAAAAAUGUUGGAAACAACAUCCUAUUGAAAGAUAUAGUUUUGAUCAAGUUACAAGAGAACUUGUUAAAGUAGAUGAAGACGCACCAAAUCAUAUAGAAUUAGAUAAUUAUGUUUCAGACCAAAGAAUAGAAGAAUUAAUAAAUAAAAGAACAGAAAGAAUUCAAAAACAAUUAAAAGAAAUUAAUCAAGAUUAA